AUGUCUGCAGAACCCGAACAACUGCGAAAAAUGUUUGUUGGUGGACUUAACCGUCGGACAAGCGAAGAAUCUUUGAACAAAUAUUUUUCUCGAUGGGGAAAUAUCGUGCAUUGCGUCAUCAUGCGAGAAGGGAGGAACGGACCUUCGCGUGGGUUCGGUUUUGUGACAUUCAAAAGCUCUCAAGCAGUGGAUGAUUGUUUAAAAGUAAAGUCACACGAACUAGAUAAUUGCAAGAUCGAGCCUAAACGAUCGGUUCCUAGAGGAGAAGUUACUUCGCGAACGCGGAAGAUUUUUGUCGGAGGAGUGGCUAGCACCGCUAAGAAAGAUGAUGUCGCAGAAUACUUCGGCAAGCUUUGCGACAAGUUUGGUGUAGGGAAGGUUCUCGAUGUUGACCUAAAGAGGGAUAAAGAAAACCCCAACCGACUCCGUGGCUUUGCUUUCGUUACAUUUGACUCCGAAGAGGUCGUGGAUAAAAUUUGCUCGAUUACCAUGCAUCAGAUCAAGUUGAAGCAGUGUGAGGUGAAAAGAGCUGAAUCACAAGCAGCUAUGAGAAAGAAAGAAGAAGAAGAGUUCAGGGUCAGUGGCCGGUCUCGUGAGUCGCGAUCAUCGCUGGACACACCCAGCUUUGGAGGUAGGAAAGUUCCCCCCUCCUUGAUUACCCUAGCAUGUUCCUGAUGGAGGCAGUUUGACCACUUCCACCAUCAUCACUUCCUGCUAAUACUAUACAAUGGUACUGGAAUUUCCCUCACUCAUGUCUCCAAAUGCCCUUUUACUCAGUCAUUCUUUGCUGAAUAUUAAGUUGCAAAUCAUGCUUGCAAACUAGCAGUGGCUAAAUUGCAGAAUACCCAGCUCACUAAGUAUCUAACUUAGAAAACCGCUCCCACAGUCCCACAGUCGUCCGAUUAAUUGCAUAAUAAACUCUGACAACAAAUGUGAAAGUGAAGGACUGCGGGAGCACCAGUAUACCUUGUUCUAUAAACUCGCUAGUUACUUGACAUCCACUGUGGGAGUACAGGACUGUGGGAGCACUAGUUGUAUACGUCGUUCUUUGAACACACUAGUUACUUGACAUCAACUGCAGGAGUGCAGGACUGCAGCGGGAGCACUCAUUUUACUCGCUUAGAUUGAAGUAUUCGGCAUAAUAGAACACUACUGCAGGAGCAGUUUUUCAAGUAAGACAUUAGUGGGCCAGGUAUUCUGCAAUCGCUCCCUGGUAGUGAUAUUUGGGCUACGAUACAGCCACCUCUGCUCGCUGCCUGCAUGCUGCUGGGGACAUUUCACAAGCAGUAGAGUGCUGAUGAGAGGCAGCAAUAUCGCAGGGUAGCUGAUAUUAUUUUGUCCACGCAAAAUUGGCAUUACAGCUGCAGCAUUGCAGUGAUCAUCCAUUUAUUGAUGAACCUAUUGUCAUAACUGAGCUCACUGUACCGACUGCCAGGCUAUUUUGCCUGAGUUCGAGACUGUAUCCUACCAUCAUGCAAUGCGCACUCAACAAAGAUGUUACUUGAUUCAUGCAGAAUCUUUCUCAAGUAUGCCAAAAUCGAGCAAGUGAAAGAAAAGCUCUGCUGGCUGGGUGUAAGGGAGCAAGAAAUGUUAGAUGGGGCAGCAAAAACAAAGCCUGUAUAAUUUCUGGAGAUAUGUUGCUGUAUGGACUCUAACAAUGGAAACAUUUUUAAUGUUUUUAGGUUUUCCCAUGAACUGGGGUCUGGGUGCUGGAUUUGGUGGAAUGAAUCAAGGAUUUGGGAAUUCAGGUGGAAGAGGUAAGAGUAUUGUCAACUCUCUCAAAGACGAACACCUUUGGGACCAGCACCAAGUGUCCAUCUGAGAGAGAUGUCUGUUUAUAGAGAGUCAAAUAAAAGGAGUAAAGAAAGGCAGGGACCAAAUCCAGGUGUCUGUUUUACAGGGGUGUCCGUCUUGUAGAGAGUCAAAGAAAGGGAGUAAAGAAAGGCAGGAACCAACUCUAGGUGUCUGUCUUAUAGAGAUGUCCAUCUGAUAGAGAGUCAAAUAACGAGAGUAAAGAAAGGCAGGGAUCAACUCUAGGUGUCCAUUUUACAAAGGUGUCCGUCUUAUAGAGGUGUCCAUUAAGAGAGAGUCGUCUGUAAAUACAUGUACAUGUACACCAUGUACACUACUGAAACUUGUGUAAAGCACUGAUUGUGAACAAACUUUAAAUUCUCCUUUGUUGUCAAUGACUUGAGUUAGAUGUAUGGUGGUCUACUGGUUAGUGUGUUGGACUGUGGAUCGAAAGGCUCAGGUUCAAGCCCUGAUGUCUGGGUCACUGAGUUGUGUUGUUGGGCUAGGUUAUUUAUAAGUGGUUAGUUUGACAAAAAUCUCAUUGCAGGUUCUAUUUCAUAGUGAUAAUCUUAAGGAGGAAAGAACAUCUGCAAAUGAGUUACAUUGUUUUAUUAAGAUUUGUUCUUAAUAAUAAAUGUUGUUUUCUUCUUUCAGGAAACUUUGGUGGUGGGGGAGGGAGUGGCAGUUUUGGAGGCGGAAGCAGCAUGGGUGGAGGUGGCGGCAGCAGUAUGGGUAUGGGCAUGGGCGGCUUGGGUAUGGGUAUGGGUGGCUUCAACAGCCAAGCAGCUGCAGCAGCUCUUCUUAGUGGUGGAUUCAACCCUGCUGCCUUUGCUAGCUUUAAUCCCGUGUCAAUGGGAAUGAGCUCUGGUUUUGGAUUCAAUGGCAUGGGCUUUGGUGGCUUUAAUCCAGGUUUCUUUGGUGGGUUUGGAGGCUUCGGCCCAGGUAGUUUUGGUGGAGGUGGAGCUGGUGGUGGCGUUGGCGUUGGUGGUUCUGUAGGCGGCAGUGGCUUUGCUUCACUUGGUGGAGGUGGUUAUGGUGGAGGAGGGCACAGUCAUAAGAGUUCCAGUAGUUAUGAAAAAGAAAACUUUGGUGACAGUCCGUAUGGCAUGGCUGACCUGAAAGGAUCUUCUAUUGGUGACCGUAAUCCUACAGGUGGAAUGUCUGUUCCAGGCCGAAGCUCUGGUGGUGGGUACGACAGCAUGAGCAACCCUUUGGCUGCUGCAUAUGGCCAUGGAAAUUUUCCAGGUGGUUUUGGUGGUUUUCCUGGGGGUAUGGGUGACUGGAGUCAGUUUCCUGGGGGAGUUGGAGGUGGUAGUUUAGGUGCUGGGGCUGGGGGAGCAUCAGCUGAUUACCAGAUAGGGAACUACAGUCAGGUGAAUUCCAGUUAUGGUCCAACCAAUCGCAUGAAUAGUCGUGGUGCCAGUGGAGUUGACAAAAAUAAUCGAGGUUACAGGCCUUAUUGA